AUGUCGACGGUAUUGCCCGGUCAACCCAUACCUCUACCUCAAAAGGGCCCUGCGCCUCAGCUGGGACAGGGCGUGUAUUUGCGCUCUGGACAAGUCCGCGCGAGUUUGCUCGGCGUGCCUUCAUACGACGGUCCUAAACUCUCUGUUUCGCGGACACGACCGAAUCCGCCUGCAUCAAAUUCGGUAGUGCUGGGACAGGUCACCAGACUAUCGCCACAGCAGGCACAGAUAGCCAUCACUGUCGUCGACGGCGUGCCUCUGCCACCCGGUGAAGAAUUCACAGGCGUCAUUCGCUCUCAAGACGUGCGCGCGACAGAAAAGGACAAGGUGAAGAUCGCAGACUGCUUUCGCGGCGGGGAUGUCGUCAAGGGUCUGGUCAUUUCACUGGGCGACGCAAGGAGCUACUAUGUCACUACGGCGCGCAACGAUCUGGGUGUUAUCUUUGCCACGAGCGAGGCAGGCGCGACGAUGGAGCCCGUGUCGUGGCUUGAGAUGCGGUGCCCAAAGACAGGAAAAAUCGAGCGACGCAAGUGCGCGAAGCCGGAAGACAUGUUAUCGUAG